CGUUAUCUUUUCAUUCGAAAUCGAUUUGCCGUUCAGAACGGAUUAUAUAAUUACGCUGAAAAUAUAUUUUGCAUAAUUUAUUUAGUAAAUAACGUGGUGUUAAUGUUGGAAUAAGUUUUCAUGGGAUUUAGGUAAAUUAGAUAUUUAAACCACAAUAAGAUGACUUCAAUAUAUAGGUAACAAAAAUGGCAAAGAAGAGAAAGUUGGUGAAAUUAAGGGCCGUGGUUACAAUACUAACAACAUCUGUGAUAGUGACAAUGUUCGUCUUCAUACAUAGCAAGAUAGCAGACGACAUGAGACUACAUGAAUUACCAAGUCACGUGUUCGAUAACCAAGAUAUUCGUGGAACUCAAAGAGCAUUGCUUAGAUUUAAAUAUCGACGUAAAGCACUUCAAGACACCGUGUGGUUCAACAAUUCUUUAAAAAAAACAAAUAUAAAAUUUUCAAAUACAGAGGAUAUAGAUCGUGAACUAAUUGUUAUGAAACUUACAAACAAAAUCUUUAACACUGUAUCUGAAAGCACGCCGUCUGUCACAGAUGCGCCGACCAGACCAAUCACUACACAGUCCGAUACCACGCCCAUAAACACAGAUGCACCUACGCAACCAGUCACUACGGAAUCAAUAACCACGCCCAUCGUCACAGAACCUGGAGAAAAAGACGUGACAACGGAAGAACCAGAGCCCCACAAUUAGUUGUUUGACGUUUAAACAUUCAGUAUUAUAACUCUUAUAUGUCAAUUCACACGUUAUAUUAAAUAUUAGUAUAUCCUUUAA